AUGGGAUGGGACAUCUCUUUUGAUGACCUCUCGGCUACAGCUGUUGAUGACGAUGCAUUAAAGGACCGCUACUCCAUACAAGCAUUUGAAUGGCUGCAAGAAUGUUACGUUCGACAAGUGAUAGUGGAGUUUGCGCCCGGUAUUCUGACUGUAAGAAAGCCACGAGGACAUAUUUUGAGAAAGAUGAUUUUCCCGGAAAACGCCGAUGUCAUAGUCUAUCACAGUCUACCCAAUGCGUCAACUAUUCAUGGACCCUAUUGCCUUAUCAAGCUGAGGAAGACGCACGACUUGGUUCUCCGUUUGCCAUCCGACAAACAUUUGCCCGAGUUCUUGGCUGCACUCACUCUUUGUCUGAAGAAGUUUGAUGGUCGAGUAACUGCUAUCCCCACACCGAAUGAAAUUCUAUUGGAUAAGGCUGAGACCAAGGUGGGUAAAGAAACGGAACUUUUGCGCACUCAGUACAGUAACAGAGCGGUCAUUUUGCACCAACAGUGUGACAGUAACCCGGUAAAGCAACCAAAUUUGGACAAAACCGGUGAGAUUACGAUAGCAUGCAAUAGUUGCCACAGCUACAAUAUUGUAGCGGUCAUUCUGCACCAACAAUACAGUAAUCUUGGUAAAACUAUUAUUCCCAUUUUUCCUGUCUUGGCACAAGCCUAAUU